CCUAUUUUCAGGUUCUCUUCCCUCCAUUACUACCUCUUCCCCGGUACCAUAAAAUCCCGGGAUAUGAGCCGAAAGAGGCAUCAGCUGGUCCCUGAGACCUUUGGCGUUAAGAGGCGGCGGAAGCCAGGGCUUGUGGAGUCGGAUCCUCUUCUGGGUGAGCCAGGGUCGGCGCGCGCGGCUGUCUCAGAGCUCAUGCAGCUGUUCCCGCGAGGUCUGUUUGAGGACGCUCUGCCGCCCAUCGUGCUGAGGAGCCAGGUGUACAGCCUCGUGCCUGACAGGACCGUGGCCGACCGGCAGCUGAAGGAGCUUCAAGAGCAGGGGGAGAUCAGAAUCGUCCAGCUGGGCUUCGACUUGGAUGCCCAUGGAAUUAUCUUCACUGAGGACUACAGGACCAGAGUCCUCAAGGCCUGUGAUGGCCGACCGUAUGCUGGGGCAGUGCAGAAAUUUCUAGCUUCAGUACUUCCAGCCUGUGGGGACCUUAGUUUCCAGCAGGACCAAAUGACACAGACCUUUGGCUUCAGGGACUCAGAAAUCACGCAUCUGGUGAACGCCGGAGUCCUCACCGUCCGAGAUGCUGGGAGCUGGUGGCUAGCUGUGCCUGGAGCUGGGAGAUUCAUCAAGUACUUUGUUAAAGGGCGCCAGGCUGUCCUUGGCAUGGUCCGGAAGUCCAAGUAUCGGGAGCUGCUCCUAUCAGAGCUCCUGGGCCGGCGGGCUCCUGCCGU